AUGAAUCCGCUGCCACAAGACUGCAUCGUCGAGAUCCUUCCUCUCACAUCGCCUUGUGACGUGUGCCGAUCAUCGGCCGUCUCCAUGAUCUUCAAAUCCGCCGCAGAUUCCGACGAUGUCUGGAAUCAAUUCUUACCUUCCGAUCUCCCCGACGGCUUUGUGGCUCCCGACCAUGAAAAGUUUCUUGUUCACCAUGAUUCCCAUUUGGUAAAUCGUUUUCUCCCUAACCCUUCUUCUUAUUCUCCAAAGCAAUUGCGAUUUUGA